CUCACUCUAGUGUGUGUGAGAGGGCUGUGAGUGCCGCGUGGACCCCUCCUGAUAUUUUCAACAGGCAGUGCAGGAGACAGAAGUGGAGAGGCAGUUCGCUCUCUCUCCCACACACACACACACACACACACACCGUCUCUCUCUCAGUCUCUAUCGCUGUUUCUGCAUAUGUGCUUGAGUGUGUGUGCGUGUGCACAGACUCCUGCGUGUGCUCAACGUUGUGUGUGCAAGAGACACACAGAAGAAAGAAAGAAAGAAAAAAACUAAGGACAGAUUGAAACAACUCCGCAACUUCUGUCAACAUUUCUGUCUCACUCUGGGCUUUUUGUGGCGCUCUAAGAUUUUCACGCAGACAGUGAGGAUCCGUUGUUGUGACGGCUGGAGGGGGAUUUGCGCUCUGAGCCUCUUCACUUUCUUCGUUAUCAGGGGAGAGACAGCAGACCGGGAGAGCCAUGUCUGGAGCGCUCCUGAGGAGGAACUCCAGCAAGCAGGGCUUACAGAACCUGCUGAGGGUGACGGCCCAGAGGAGUAUUGAAGAUGCCGAGGAGAUUGAGAGGGAGCGCAGACGUAGGGCACGCGAGGCCUUCCGUAAAGAACACGGCCUCUCCGCACCCGAAGGGGCCUCGCUGGACGCCGAGACCUCAGUAGAGGCUACACCGUCAGCCCAGAACUUUACGAGUCCCGCAAAGGCCACUGGCUCCGUGGUUCUGGAUGAGGAUGAAGGCUUCAGUGACUGGACACAGAAGCUGGGACAGGAGCGCAGGCUCCGGCUGGAGAACGGGCGACCGGCGGAACCGACAGCCGAACGGGGAAUGAACGGAACCGCCAAGCACACAGAGAAGAUUCACUGCUCCUCCUCUGCCACAUUUACCAGGCUGCAGAGGCCGCCACAGGAGAAUGAGAACCAUGAGGCGGUCAGGGAGGAGGAGGAGACGCGUCUGGGGAGCAGGAUGACUGAGAAGAGGAGGAAGGACUUUGGACGAAAGGAACACAGUCAAGUAGACAAAGAGAUGAAGAAGAAGGAAGUGAAAGUAUCCUACACAUCCAAAGUCCUCAUGCAGCACGAGUCCAAACCCAAGAACAACAUAGAGGAAGAGGGAACAGCUUCACAUGUGAUCAGAGCCAGGAAGACUCUCAGAAGCCCGAGCCAGUCCCAGCCGGCGGCCGCGUCGGAGCCCCAGGGACGUGGCGAGGAGGCGCCGCUCCUGGAGACGGAGCAGAAGCUGGAGAAGAUCCGGCGCAGCCACCAGGAGAAGGAGAGCCAGGAGCUGGAGCAUCUGCGGCAGAAGCAGGUGGAGGCCGAGGCCGAGCUGGAGGAGCUGCAGAAGAGGAGGGAGCUGAGGCGCCGCGUGCGCGAGGAGGAGGAACGCCGGAAGGAGGAGGAGGAGCAGCAGAGGCAGGCCAAGGAGGAGGAGGAGAGGAGACACAUGAAGGAGGAGAUUGAGAGGAGGAGGACGGAGGCAGCCGAGAAGCGGAUGAAGAGCUUGAACGAUGGGGAGGAACCGUUCAACGCACUCAGUCCCAAGAGCCCCACAGUGAAGAGGGAGGAUGAGGAGAGAUUGACAGCUGAGAGUACAGACUUGAUCACAGAGCGGACAGAGUCUUUGAACCGUUCGCUGAAGAAGAGCAACAGCUUCAAGAAGACCCCUCCUCCGCUGCUCCUCUCCAAGAUCGAUGACAAGCUGGAGCAGUACACUCACGCGGUCGAGAUUUCCUCAAAAGAGACCAAGCCGGCCAAGGCAGCUGUGAUGGACGUGCUGAGUCCUCCCAAGCCAGUGGCCUCCACCAAGAGCCUGUUUGAAGCCGGGGAGGCCUGGAGCCCAACAGCCCCCCGAGGCCAGCCAUCUAAGGAGACGGAAGGGAUGACAGUAGGUGUGGCUGAUCUGAUCACCCACUGGGUAAAAGGGUCUCCUGAUGGCAGCAACAGAAACUCCCUAAGAUCUGCGGAUGUGAAACCAGGUGAUGUGCUGCAGAAGAAGAAUCUUUGGGAGAUUAUAGGCGAGAACUCUUCAUCAGGCAAACCUGGGUUAGGAGGAAAGGGCAAUCCUUCUGGAAAGAGGUACAAAUUUGUUGUGACUGGCCAUGGCAAAUAUGAGAAGAUCCCUGUAGAUGAUGAGGAUUAUUGUGAUUUUUCAAAUGGAAAAACAGGUGAAUUAUGCCAUGGUGACUUCUGAGACAUCAAUGACAGCUGAUCAUCCUAAAGGGAAGUAGAAUCAACUGGUGUGGUUUCACACAAGCCUUCUCUAGCCAUUCUGUAUUGUAGACACUUCUGCUCUUAAUACCACACAUUAGGCACCUGACAUGUUAUAUGUUCCCACUUGCAGUGUUAGCUCUAAUUUUGUUCUCUUGUCGUCAUGUUAAAUGUCCAAGAUGUCUGUCUAAGAUGUCUAUCUAUGAUAUUUGUUUUUGUAUGAAAAGAACUUAAAUGUAUCAUCCUUAACAGUACAACUAUGCAAGCUUUACUGAACUGCCAUCAUGUAAAAGAGCCAGGGGAUCUUCCUGAAUGUUUGAUUUAUUCAAGGCAAGGGCAUACAUUUUAAAUUAGUAUCAUGAUUGCUUUUACAUAUUUGAUAAAUUGCUUAUCUAAAAUCAAUGCAUAUGCAGUUGGCUAAAUGUCUAUGCCAAUGAUAACUUUGUAUUUUCCACCCUGUGAUUUCCACUUUUGUAAUUCAGACUGAUACAUACAACAGAGGUGGUCACAGAACUGUGGUUCUGAUUGGUUGUUGCAUCCUGUGAUUAUAUAAGCACACAACAUUCCAUGCACAAAAAAAACUGUUUUUACUGAUAUAUGUUUCUUCAUUAGUGGUCCUAAGCUUUCUUUCUCUUCCACUAUUUAAUGAUUUGCAUUCCAAACCAUGAGAAUAAAGAUGUAUUGCCUUUCACAAAUAUUAAACACAUAUUUGAGGUCUUGAAAUGAUAACAUGUUAAUAUAAAGCUGAACACUGGAGUAAGACCCUCAGCAUCUUUAAUAUGGUCUGUACUAUCUAUCCAAUCUGUGUGAGGGACCUUUUUCUAAUUGUGAAUACAUUUUAGUUGAUACUUCAACUAAAUUAUCUAUAUGAUCAUGUAAAAUACACAGUCAUUUUGACUUUCAGCAAAUGUGACACAUUUAAGUCGUAAAACCUGGCUUGAUUGGAAUUCCAAAUGCUCUAACCAUGUCGUUUUUAAAACAGUUCCAUCCCUGUAUCACCCUUGUUCUGUUGAAGUUCUUUUGAAGUGUAUUUUUUUCAAAUGCAAUAAAAUAUUUUAUAUGGUUAA